GUCGAAAUUCGCCUCGGCGCCUGCCGUAUUGGAGCUGCUCUUCCAUCUAUUUAGACACAUCGUUGAACUUCUCUUCAUUAUCACUCUUUCUUCUCCAAACAUACUCGUCAUCUAACAGUACUGGUUCUGCCAUCAGAACAUACUGCUCAUGGACUCGACCAUGGACCUCACCGUGCACCAUCAUGGCACCCCGCAUAGCUUCCAGCUCUCCGCCUCCGCAACCUUACAAGACCUCUCCGCAGAGAUAGAGACCGUUCUCAACAUCCCCAUGGAGAAUCAGAAGCUCCUUAUUGCCCCCAAACCUGGCAUGCAAAAGGCACCUUUCCCAUCUACACCCCUAACAACCCUCCUCCCCAUCGACUCGCCCAAAUUCAAAAUCACCCUCCUCGGCACCCCAGCCAAAGCCAUCGCCGACCUGCACGAGCAAUCCGAAUCCAUACGCAAACGCCAGGAAGCACGCGCCUCUGCCCUCGCCGCUGCCCGGCGCACAAAUCACAAAGCCACCACCUCCAACCGUGGUGGUAUCCACACACUCUCUUCCUCGAGCUCCAACUACACCUUCCACCGCCUCCUCCCACUCUCCUACCUCCCCCGCCCAGAACGCUCCCUCGAGUUCCUCAAACGCCUCCGCGAUGACCCGGGCAUCCGCGCCGCAAUGGCAAAACAUAAAUUCUCCGUCCCGCUCUUAACAGAAAUGAACCCCGCCGAGCACACGACUAGUGAAUCGCGCACGCUCGGACUCAACCGCAACAAGGGCGAGGUUAUCGAGUUACGGCUUCGCACGGAUGCGUAUGACGGGUAUCGUGAUUACCGGACUAUUCGCAAGACGCUAUGUCACGAACUGGCGCAUUGCGUGUUCGGUCCGCACGACCGGGACUUUUGGGAUUUGACGGCGCAGAUCGAGAAGGAGGUUGAGAGGGCGGAUUGGAAAUCUGGCGGGAAUCGGUUGACUGGGCAAGACUUUUAUGAUCCGGGUGAUUGGGAGAGGGUUCAGAGUGGGGAGGAGGUCAUUGAUGAACAGGGGUGGACCGGUGGGGAGUUUGUGUUGGGUGGAUUGGGGGUGGAUGAGGCUGGGAGAGGUGCUGGAAGUGGAACUGGAAUUGGGUCUGGAUCCGGGUCUGGGACACCGACGGGGUCGUUGUCAAGAAGGGAGAUUCUGGCAAGAGCUGCGGAGGAGAGGAUGCGCAGGGAGAGUCCGAAGGAGAAGCAGGAUGAUGCUUAAUGAGGAUAUGCAUGGGCUUUGGUUUUGAUGUUUAUGACUUGUAUAUCUGCCUUUAUAUUGGCAUUUUCCCUUUGAUACCCUAAUAAUGUUUUCAAUGCAUCUACUGUUCUCUUUUAA